AUGUCAGGACGAGAGUGUUCAGCUGCUGCUGCCAGAGGAGGCUACGUCGACCCAAAUUUCCCUCGACCUAACGAUUCUGGCUCAGCUUGCAUCAUCAUCUAUGGCUAUACGCCUUCAAUCAUUGUUUGUGGUCUGGCUCUGGCACUGUUCAUCAUUGCAUUGAUAGCGCACUCAUUCCUCCUGUUUCGAUAUAGGACCUGGUACUUCAUCCCAGUUGUGAUUGGUCUUCUCAUGGAACUGGUUGGCUAUGUCAGUCGUACACUAUCGUCCCAAAAGAAUCCUUACUCGGUGAUUUUCUUCGUCAUUCAGUACUUCUUCAUCGUCGUUGCUCCGGUCAUGUUUAGCGCUGCAAUUUACACUCUAAUAUCUAUCGCUAUCAAUCGCGUGGGCCGACAGUUCGCACCAUUAGGGCCAAAGGUUAUUCUCUGGAUCUUUAUCGUCGCCGAUGUGAUUGCAACCAUCGUUCAAGUUGCAGGUGCUGCCAUGAUCGGAUCAGCGUACAGCAACGGCAGAGAUCCAACAACACCAAACCAUAUCCUCCUUGCAGGUCUGGCAUUCCAAGUCGUCUCAUUCGCUAUCUUCAUUGUUGUUUUUGUCUGGUUCGUCUACCGAUCUCGCAACGCCACAACCCGAGAUUUCAAGGUCUUUGCUGCUGCUACAUUUGUUGCGACUCUGGCGGUCUACCUGAGAACUAUAUUCCGACUUGCUGAAACUGCGGAAGGAUUGAUGGAGAAUCUCAGUACUCAUGAAGUGUACUUUGGCUGUCUGGAAUUCUUGCCAAUUGUCGUGGCUGUAUAUGUGUUUAUCUACUGGCACCCUGGCAAGUGGCUAGGAUCGAAGGCAAGGAGAGGUAAAGGACUGGAAAACUUCGAGGAGAUUGGUAUGUCGUCGAAGUAA